UAUGGAAGCUCAGGAUUCUUUAUUAUGAUCUCAUUAACUUUUCCUCGAUCCAGCAAACGCCCCUGUAAUGUCUCCCCACCAUUUCUUUUAAGUGGUUUCCAGUGAGCAGAACCAACCCAACCAGAAAACCCUCUGGCCUCCUCCCCUUUUAAGUUUUACCCCGACUUCACAAGAGUCCUCGGCUCUUCAAUGGCGUCUGGUUGCAGAAGAGGCUGAUUCUAUCGCCGGCCAGAAGAGGGUAGGGAAGCAAAACAAAGCAAAGGGAAGUGUGCAUCUUGAUGGUAUCGCUUUAGAGGGGGCUUUGCUCGAGGUUGCGGACGAUGGCGCCUAGUUUCGAGUGCGUACCCACUCUUCUUUGUGCAGAGGACAACAACAGCGUCAUGGGUUGGGACGAUGAGGUUGUGGGCGAGAGUUUCAGGGAAGAACCCCGCCCCGGUGGCGGGUCCGCCAUGGAUUUGCCGCCGUGCAGCGACGAGUUCAUUGAGGCGUUGGUGAGCAACGAGAGGGAGUAUCUGCCGCAGGGCGAUUAUGCUUCCAGGUUUCAGAGUGGGGUUUUGGACGUUUCGAUCCGUAGAGAUGCCAUUGAAUGGAUAUGGAAGGUUCACGCCCAUUACAACUUCGUACCGCUGACUGCAUAUCUUACCGUCAAUUAUCUCGACAGAUUUCUUUCAUGCUAUGAGCUCCCUCAAGGAAAGGCGUGGAUGAUGCAGUUGUUGUCUGUGGCAUGCUUGUCUCUGGCGGCCAAGAUGGAAGAAACUGAUGUCCCAUUGUCCAUAGAUUUGCAGGUGGGGGAAGCGAAAUUUAUUUUCGAGGCUCGGACCAUUCAGAGAAUGGAGCUUCUGGUGCUGAGCACUCUGAAGUGGAAGAUGAGAGCCGUGACCCCUCUUUCAUUUCUCGACCACUUCCUUCGCCAAAUCAACGGUGGCAACCCUCCCUCCCCACCAUCAAUGACCCGUUCCAUGGAACUGAUUCUGAGCACCACCAGAGGAAUUAAUUUCCUGGAAUUCAGACCUUCUGUCGUUGCUGCAGCAGUGGUGAUAUCUGUAUCAGAAGAAAACGAAACAGUGGAUUUUGAUAAAGCGAUGUCCCAUUUCCCCUUGGUGGAAAAGGAAAGCGUUUUGAGAUGUUAUGAGAUGAUCCAAGAAACAUUUGUGCUCAGGAUCCCCAGUGGCUGUAAAGAAGAUUUACUGGGUUCUGUACAGAGUCCAAACGGCGUGCUGGAGGCAACUUGUUGGAGCUAUAAAAGCGAUGAGACAAAUCAUGGGUCUUGUGCACAGUCUUGCUUCACCAGCCCAGUUGCCAAGAGGCGGAAAUUAGACAGCUUUGCUGCUGGAGGGAGUUGGGGCAAUCAUAAGUGCGGAACGUAGUUCACAUUUUGUCAAGGAGAAGAUAGCAUCUUGAUUCCAAAUUUAGUUUGGUUUGGUAGAGUGGGGGUUUUGGUGUGAGUCUCGAUACCAAAAGGAAGCAAGCACCGAGAAAAAAUUUCAAAAGAAAAAAGAAAAAAACUGGACUCGAGAUAAGAACUGAAUAAGAGUCUGAUGUGGGAAUCAUGCUUUUGGUAUGAGUGAACAGCUAUGGCAGCUGCUAUCAGAAGAAUUCUACAGGUCUGAGAGGGGCGCAGGACUGGAAAAGCGAAAAGAAAAGGCAAAGGAGGCUCCAAGCACGAUUUGUUGGUGGCUCCUGUUCAAAAUGCAAGGAAAGCUGAGACUUUUUUCUGGGGAAGAAAAAUUGUGUUCUUUUUCAUGUGUAGCUUGGACAUUCACAGAAGAGAAACAGUAAUAAGAAUAUUAAGAAAACUAAGAACAACUUGGGGAAUGGUAAAAAAGGGUGAAUCGUGCAAGAGAGCGAGUGUUUGUUUCUGCAAGCGUGCUGUGCAUUAUUUUAGUACCAUAUAUUCAAGAGAGAGAGUGCUGAGAGAUGUUCUUUGCAAGAGUGCUGCAUUCUUUUAGUACCAUAUAUUUAAUGCUGUUA